CCUCCCUUUCUAUUACCCUAUACUCAAAUGAUAUUCCCCCUCCUUUCUACUAUUUGCCACACCGCAGCAUACUUGUGAUUUACUACAUACGACGACGCAACUUGUGUGUCUCUCUCUCUCUUUCUUCUAACAAAAUGAAACGAGUAGAGUGCAUGCAUGCGCUCUGCAUCUGCAAAAAGGGGAAAAAAAAGAAAAAUCUUUCUCUCUUUGGAUACUGCCGAGCCGUCAUCUUUCUCUUGUGUGUGUGUGCGUGCGCCUUGUUCAAGCAGCAGCAGCAGCAGCCAAAGAAAAUGAGUUCCGCCCAAACUUCCUUAUUGCGUAACACCACCUCCCUUCUCUCUCAUAAACUUUUUCCUCUCUCUUUCUCUCUCUUUCUUUAUAUGUCACCAAACUAUUACUAUCAGUAUCCCACUUAUUAUUAGUAUUAUGCAACCCUUACAGGCCACCAAACCAUUUACAGCGACGCUCCAUCUUUCCAAUUACCACUCCCCAUUACGCGUCCACAUUACUGAGGGGCAGAACCUCAAGGACUUGAUCUCACACCUGGUCCGCCAACACGCCAUUCCGCCCUAUUUAACCUCGAGUCUCUAUUCUGUUCUCGCGUCAGCUAUAACAGCAGCAGCUGCCAAUAAUCACGACAAUCAGCAACACGCCAUGGACGCUUCCACAACGCAAAGAGACCCAUUCGUCACGAAAUACCAGACGCAUACGCUGCAAUACCACAAUAAACCCGAAGAGGAUAUCUUUCCACGUGCAUACCACACACUCGUGCAUUGCCCUAUUGAGGCCAUGUACAAUACCCUGCUCAGCCUGGAACAAGACUAUGCGCUGGUGAUCCAAGACCGUUACUUGGCAUGCGAGAAGGAAUUAACCGACAUCCAAGAAAGACACAGCCGCGAGAUAGAAGCAUCGCCAGGAUCGCCCAACAUGACCCAUCUGUUUGCACGCCAUGUGGAAGACAUGGAAGUGUUCCAAGCAACAUAUGCCUCCGACAUUCUGCAAACACAGCAAACCCAACGACGCGAGUAUCGCGCCUUUGUCAUUGAAUUGUACCGAGAAUAUCAACGACGACUGGUCGCCCUGUCUGAUGAAAAGAAUCUCAAGCCAGAAGAUACUUUGCUCGAAGCUGAAAAGGAUCUGGAUGGCAAAGACAUUGUCAAGGUUGCGGCAGAGCGUGUCAAAGAAAACAGCAAUGAUGCGAAUAACAAUGGUUGUCAUAGCAGUGGUGGUGGCAGCAGCAGCAGCAACAGCAGCAGCAGCAACAACAACAAUGACAGCAGAACAAGGCGUCAAAGCUCCUCAGUAGCCAGUGUGGGUGCUGCAAGCACCAAGAGUGGCGUUUCUUUCUCCAAUCAUAAUAUCAAUAAUAAUAAUAAUGGCGAUCAAGUCAUCAUGGCCCGGUCCCUGUCUCAACAACAACAGCAGGCUGAAAAAGAUAAAGCCCACUUUCAAAGGAUGGUAAAGGACAUUGAAGAAAUGGGAUUCGCCAAGGAACAAGCAGAGAUGGCAUUGGCGCUAACAAACCACACCAUGGAAAAUGCGGUGACGCUACUCCUUGAAGACCCACAGAAAGUCAACACGGCCAUCCGCCGACGAUCAGCAGCAAGCGUGUCGAAUGCUGCUACUGCCUCUCCUGCACACUCACGCAAUAACUCGGUCAACAACGACACAGGUUCGAUCUCCUCGGCUCCUUCAAGCAGACGCCAAUCGUUCCAAAGGAGCAGCAAUAGCUUGAUCGCAUCGCCACUCAGUAAAAAUGCUGCUGCAAAUAAGGGUUGGAGUCCGGUCUCGUUCCUCCAGCAGCAAAAGCAGGUAAUGGAGAACACCAACCUUAGCUCCGUACGCAAGUUGGGCGGUUGGCUCGGGAGGGCCAUGGAGAACUUUGGCAUUGAUCAUGAUGACAGUGGUGAUUUUGGAAGCACGCUUGCUAACGGGGCCAAUGCACAACAACCUGUUGAAUCAUUUACGAUCAGCCUGGGGCCUGCACAAAUCAAGUCGACGCAUAACUUACGCCUACUCGUGGCCGAGCCAGGGGCCGAUAUAUUCAAUCCGACACCCUACGAUCCGACUCGGGAGAUGGCUUACAAGGCUCAGACGUCCACUAAACUCUAUACCAACCAUCUGAGUGCCAUAGUGGUCCUGGUGGAAUUGAGCGAGCUCAACAGGAGUCGUGAUCAGCAGGGAACCGCAUUGGGUUGGCGACACUACCGGACCGGCAAAGGGAGUAAUAAAGCCUUAUUUGAACGUUGUCAACAUUCGACCGAGUUUCAUUUCCCGGACAUCGAGUCCCAGCUGACCACCAUCGAACAUGAUUUCGCCCAACGACCUGAUAGUUUGCAACAAGGUUCCUUUUUCGUCACUCGUCAUUCCAAUCUUCCCUUGACGCAAGUUGUGUUUCAUCUGGUGAUCGACAGUGAUGCUAUAGCAACCACCGAACUGACCAAACAAAGCAGCCUGAUCAAAGGCCUACUGAACAUCUUGCGUCUGACCACGCGCUACGACAUCUCAUCCCUCUCGAUCCCAUUGCUACUCCUUCCAGACAAGUUCUUGGAACAGCCCGAACAAUCAUUUUCAUCCGGCGCUUUCUUGGAUCAGCCGCAACACCACUUUGCAUGGUUACAAAAACGUGGUGAAGUCGCCAUGAAAUGUGUCCGUGGCUUCUUGUAUGAACAUUCCGGCAGUGGUAAACGUGCUGGCGUGGGUCAAAGUGAGGCUGCAGCUGAUCGUGCUGAAACCGUGUUUGGUGGCGGAUUGCAUAACGUCGAAUUCCUUUUGCCUGAUUCAAGUGGUGUCUAUGGUCAACGGCCUUUGGAUGUUGGACAGGAUGUUGAGUUUGCGUUUCAACAGUUCCGUAUCUUGCUCGUUAGUAUCUUUCAAACGAGCUAGUCCCCAUGAAUCCUUUCUUUUAGUGUGUGUGUGUGUGUGUGUGUAUUAUAAACAAGUUUGCUGUAAAUGGACUCCUCCUUUGUCAUGGGUAUCUCUCAAUGUUGUUA